CGCGUUACAACGCACACUUUAAGCAGAUCCCUCAUACAUUAUACAUAGCAUCAAGCGUACAAAGGCAUAACAAGUGCUAUCAAAGCCUUGAUCAAGGUAUAAUUCGUUCACCUGGCCCAGGCUACCCCUCGAUCGAAGAGGUACCUACUGCGGCCAGUUGCCAAGACUUUCGACCCUACAAGAACUCGGACGUGGGUGAAGUAAUCCAGUUUCCGCAACACUUGUAAGCAGGAUCAUUUACAUUGAACAAUCACGUUGCCUAUAGCCCGAGACUGCCCUGUCCCAGUAUCGAUGACUCGCAAACGGAUUAUAGCAGUCUUAGGCGCCACACGUGGCCAAGGCGGCUCUGUCGUAGACGCUUUGCUUAAAACUGGACGAUAUAACAUACGCGGCGUCACAACAGAAGACACAGAGACGCCGGCCGCACAUCGUCUGAAGGAACGGGGUGUGAAUGUCGUACAUGUCAAUCUCGAUGACCCAGAUUCUAUAGCCGUGGCCUUUACUUCAGCUCACGUCAUUUUCGCAGUCACCACGAUGUACGAUGGAGCAAUGGAGCGCGAGGUGACACAAGGAAAGAAUAUAGCUGAUGUCGCUGCAGCCUUGGAGUCUCUCGAGCAUUUCGUCUGGUCUACCCUUCCCUCUGCUACAACAGUCUCUCGUGGGACGAUGGCUGUACCGCACAUGGACGGCAAGGCUCAAGUGGACGAAUACAUCAUCGAUUCCCAUCCUGAGCUAGCUAGAAAGACAACGUUCUAUUGGGGAGGGAUGUAUGCGGAAAACGUGACAUAUGCACCUUUCAUGCCAGCCCCUCUACCAAGUGCAGGAAGAUAUGUCUGGGUCCAACCAGUCGCUCGAGACACGCUCGUACCAAUGGUCGGUGACCACACCGUGAAUACAGGAUUGUUCGUCCAGAAAAUAUUAGAAAAACCAAGUAUCUGCUUGCCUGUGGGCUAUGUUCUUGGCGUAGUGGAGUGGAUGCCUCAUGGAGAGAUGUUGAGCGCAUGGGCAGCAGUCCUCGGCGAUAAGAAGGGGCAUGAAAUAGAUGCUGUCUACGUCAAGAGUGACGUUGAAACUGUAGGACAACUCUGGCCUAGCACAGGAAAAGAGCUGGGUCAAUUACUGAAGUUUGCGGAGGAGUUUGGGAGGAAAUCAUGGACUAAAAAAGGAGUCAAUGCCUUAGAAAUGCAAGACCUGGACCUAGAAAUCGGUGAAGAAGAGGGAAAAUUAGUUAGUACAAAGGAAGCCAUCAGAAAACUGGGCUCGAAGUUUUGAAUUAGGCCCGGUAUGUACCGGUAUUGCCUGGGAACUAACCAUAUACUCCAAUAUGGGCAUACAUGCUCGUCAUAUUUGAACGACCCUU